GUGGCGCCCGGGCCCACUUGGUCGGCGGCGGCGGGAGCGGCGGUAUGGGCGGGCGAGCGCUGUGUGCCGCGGCGCUGGUGCUGGCCGUGCUGCCCGCGGCGCUGCGGGCCGACACACCGGCCAACUGCUCUUUCGCCGACCUGCUGGGCUCCUGGGAGCUGCAGGUCUGGCGGGGCGGCGGCCGCCACGGAAACUGCUCCCAGGCGGGGACUGUGGAAAAAAAGGUGCUUGUGAAUCUUCAGAAGUUAGAUGUGGCUCAGGAUAGUCUGGGCAACUAUGGUUUCUUCACUUUGAUUUACAAUCAAGGCUUUGAAAUUGUGCUAAAUGGCUACAAGUGGUUUGCAUUUUUUAAGUACAAAAAAGAAGGCCAGAAUGUAACCAGCUACUGUAAUGAGACUCUGCCAGGAUGGGUACAUGAUGUGCUUGGCCACAAUUGGGCUUGUUUCAGUGGACAGAAGAUUUCUUCAUCUCCUUCGGAUGUUCACAUAAAUGAGCUACCUCUCCAGAAACCCAGGGGAAGACUUUCAAGCAGACGUUAUGUGCACAACUUCGACUUUGUAAAUGCUAUCAAUGCUCACCAGAAGUCCUGGAGAGCGACAGUAUACAAGGAGUAUGAGCAGUUUGCGCUGGAAGAGCUAACUAGAAGAGCUGGAGGUCUCUAUUCCAGAACUUCAAGACCAAAGUCUGCACCUCUAACACCUGACUUACUGAAAAAAGUUUCAAGCUUGCCAGAAUCUUGGGACUGGAGAAAUGUGAAUGGUGUCAAUUAUGUCAGCCCUGUUCGGAAUCAAGGCUCAUGUGGCAGCUGUUAUGCAUUCUCCUCCAUGGGCAUGCUGGAAGCAAGAGUACGUAUCCUCACAAACAACACUCAGAAACCCAUCUUCAGUCCCCAGCAGGUUGUGUCGUGCAGCCAGUAUUCUCAGGGUUGUGAUGGUGGCUUCCCAUACCUCAUUGCUGGAAAGUAUGUCCAAGACUUUGGUGUGGUGGAAGAGGACUGCUUCCCUUACACAGCCCAAGACUCCCCGUGCACGUUCAAGCGCAGCUGUUACCACUAUUACACUUCUGAGUACCACUACGUGGGCGGCUUCUACGGAGGCUGCAAUGAAGCCCUGAUGAAGCUUGAGCUUGUUCUGAAUGGCCCGAUGGCUGUUGCUUUUGAGGUUUAUAGUGAUUUCAUGCUUUAUAAAGAGGGAAUCUACCACCACACUGGGCUGCAGGAUGACUUCAAUCCCUUUGAGCUGACCAAUCAUGCCGUUUUGCUUGUGGGCUACGGCACAGACCCACACAGCGGUGAGAAGUUCUGGAUUGUGAAGAACAGCUGGGGCACCUCGUGGGGAGAAGAUGGCUACUUCAGAAUCCGCCGUGGCGCUGAUGAAUGUGCAAUUGAGAGCAUUGCAGUGGCUGCAACUCCUAUUCCUAAGUUAUGAACGUGGAGGUCUUUGUCCGGUGCCUUGUUCCCAGCCAUAAGAACAUACUGAUAGAGACUGUGAUUAAAGAAUGUCACCUGGCUUGGACAGGGGAGCUUGAAUGAAAUUUUCCAGAAUAGAGCAAACAGUUUUACUCAGUGAGAGGAUGAAUACUGUUAGCUCUGCUCUGUGCACUGAAGGCUUCCUCUCGAGUGUGCAGCUACCCUGAAAGGACACUGUAGUGCCUUACUUCUCAGAAAUUAGGAAGUCAUAGAACACGUGUGUAUUGGUGAGGGAAUAGUCGAUUACACCGAUUAAAAGGAAAUUUUAAAGCUUUUAAGUGUCCUGCAAAAACUGCAUGUCAAAACCUUAUGACAAAUCAAGUCUACAUUUCAGACCGUUACUAAAUGUUUCAGUUCUGAAUUCUAUUGCUGUGCUUUGCAACUGAUCAUCUCAGAGUUCAAUAAAAAUUACCCCACUCCUA